CAGCACUCAGCAUAAUAAGGAGGCACCCUCCCUGAUGAGGCACUCGCAGAUGUGGACAACAUGCUGGCGCUGCACAGUGGGCAGCGUGCUAAGAACGCGCGUGUGGUGAGUGGGUUCAAGCCAGGUGACCGCGUGCGAUUGCUGGAGGGCAAGGGGCUGUUUGACAAGGAGAAGGCCACAUACUCACAGCAGAUCUACACCGUGACGCGGCAGGAGGGCUAUCGCUUUGCUGUGGAGGGCAAGCGGCGCCUGUACCGCCCGUCAGAGAUGCAGUUGGUGCGUGGUGAGGUGACAGACAGGGUGACGGGUGGGGCGAAGCGACAGGCAGAGGCCGCGCAGGAGCAGCGCCAAGUGCGGCGCAUUGCUCGCGCUCUUGCGACCACUCAGCAGCAGGCCACGCGUGCAAUUGAAGCGCAAGAGCCACCCGCCGCGCCAGCGCCCGCGAAGAAGCCUGCGUGGCGUAAGCGCAACAGGGGCAAGCGCGAGCAGGUGCGUGGCGAAACACACUUCGAGGUAUCGCGCUUCGAGGUGAGCAAGUACGUAGGUGGCAAGCUACAGUUUUUAGUAAAAUUCAAGGGAUUUCCUAAAGCAGAAUGGCUGCCUGCGAAGCAGCUGCAGGAGGACCUGCUGAGCGCCGACGCCUAUCGCGCGCUGCGCAAGGCGAUGAAAGCAACAUGAUGCAUCCCUGUUUAUAUAUCUCGCAAAGUAUAUCAAAUUCUGUCGUUGUUUUUUAUGCUGUCGCAGUCUGGUGUGACUCCGGAGUUUUGCCGGAAUUUCGCCCGAGUUUCGGCUGGGUUUCUCGCGAGUUUCUCUCGAGUUUUCGCCGAGUUUC